ACGUACGAAAUGUUGCCUAUUGGAGGGGAGGAAGAGCAGCACUCACUAGUAGAGGAGGUAAUGAGCACAAUUUGGUGCCGGCUCUGGUGCUGGUAAAGACGUUGCGUCACCAAUGGUUCCUUCAGCACCUUCCAUAGGGAUCUGCCAUGCACAAGCACGCAUGUACUGAGGGGGUACAAGCAUUGUAGCAUUUCGUAUGAUAAGCCACAAAGGAUGGAUGGAACGGGGGUGCCGUUUUUUUUCUAAGAAUGAAAAAAAGCAUGCUGACACUGUCGAAAAUGAACUCGUAUAAAAGCGUUUUGGCAGGUCGAGAAAGGCACACUUGAAUCACAUCCUCUCAUCAAGUAACAUCCCACAUCCCAACAUGAAGACAUUCGUAGCAGUUUUGGCCCUUCUCCCUUUGGCCUCCUUGGCCAUCCCAUCCCAGCCUUACGGACAUCCUCCCCCACCCCCACAUUAUGGAGGCUAUGCUGAGCCCAGCUAUCCUCAGCCUCCAUACGGAUACCAACCUCAGCCCGCUUACCCGCAGCCUCAGUACGGCUAUGAGCAGCCCAAACACAACUGCACAGUUGAGGAUGUGUCUGAAAUUGCAGAGGUCUGCACACCCUCUCUUGUGACUUCUUGUGAGCAAGUUGAGGUCCAAGUGAAGAAGAUCGUCGAUGGCGAGUAUUGCUACGAUGUGGCCCGCACUGUUUGCACUGAAUCCACCCAAACCAUCGACAACGAGAUCUGCACCUACACUUACCAAAAGAAGUACGAGGAUACCAUUGGCAAGACUGUCGAUGUAUCCUUCACCAAAGAGAGCAACGUCCAGAUGGUGACCGUUUGCCAACCCGGCUAUGGACACGGCUACCAAGCUUAUGGCCAUCAAUAUUGCAAGGAGGUCGCUCAAGAGACCCAAUACAACGUGCCAGUUGUCACUCCCAUUGAUGUGCCCGUGCGUGUUGGAUACCCCGAGCCCGUGAAGUCUUGCGUGAACAAGCCAGUGACCAUCCCUCAAAUCAUUUGCGAGGUCGUGACCGAGCAGAAGUGUGUGGUGCAACCUCAAGUCCAAGAUGCCGUCGAGUCUUUUGAGAAGUGCAUCACUCGAUUGGGUGAGCCCAAUUGUCAACGUGUCGAGCUGACCCUGCCCAAACAGCGAUGUGUCGAGUUGGUUUACGGCUAUGCUCAUGAAACCAAAAAGCACGAAGAGCCUAAAUACCCCGAGCCUCCUCAAUAUCCUCAACCCACCAAAUACCCAGAGCCCACCAA